AUGAGUUCCCUAUCUCCUCUCUCCGAUGCUCCCCUUCAGCAUAUUGUCAAAUUGAAGGAUGAUAUUGACAUGGAUGCCCAUAUUGUGACUUUCAACAACGCAAGGGGUAACGGUCAUAUCGUCCAUCGCAAGUGGGACCCUAGGUUCUUGAAUGCAUACCUGGGUACCUUCAGUGAAGCAGUGCUUGAAGAAAUCAAAGGCCAUCCGAAUGCCGAGUUCGUAACGGAGGAUAGCGAACAAAGCGACGAAUUUGAAGUGACAACUCAGAAUGACGCAGGAUGGGGAGUGUCUCGUAUUAAUCAUGUGAAGUCCCUGAAGGGGAAAUCGGACCAAUUGACGAACUACGAUUAUGAGUAUGACUCGACCAGUGAAGUCGGAUCCGGCGUGGAUAUCUAUAUUCUUGAUUCGGGAAUAUGCACUGAACAUGUGGAUUUCGGUGGACGCGCUACGUGGGGGAUUACAAUCAAUGGGACGGACGGCGUUGACGUUAAGGGUCAUGGUACGCACGUCGCGUCAGUGAAUUUUAUAACUCGCUCCAGUAUCCUGCUUACAAAAUGUUAUCAAAGUGGCAUAGCAGGCGGUUCGCGAUGGGGAAUUGCAAAAGGAGCCAACCUGAUUGCGGUGAAGGUCUUGGAUGACGAAGGUCAUGGUCGCCAAUCCUACAACCUGAUAGGACUUGAAUACGUCUUCAUGCGUCGCCUGUUUGACGGACGGUCGUCAAUCAUCAAUAUGAGCUACGGAGGCCAACAAGGCCAAAGCGAGAUCAUAGAUUUUGCAUUGAUGAGGAUCACUUCAGUCGGCAUUCAUGUCACGGUGGCAGCUGGCAACAAAAACGUUGAUGCGAAGGAUACAUCUCCCGCCAAUUGUCCCUGUGUUAACACAGUUGGGGCGACAGAUAUCAACGAUGACAGAUAUAUUAAAGAACACGACGACGAUACGAUAACUGGGUCGAAUUUCGGUGAGCUGCUUUGCGGCCUCGGAGUUGAGCUUCAGUUGACGGGCUAUCUAUUAUACGCAGGUCCUUGCGUUGACUUCUUCGCCCCUGGGUUUCAGAUUACGAGCUGCUCCAUUAAAAAGGACAAGAACGGAAAAUACACAAAAUCUACAAAGAAAGACGGCACCUCAAUGGCGGCGCCGCUUGUCGCUGGAGUAAUAGCCGCCAUUAUUUCGCUGGUGGGAGACAUCCCACCUCCAGGAAUGACGAACAUCCUCAAAGCACUCUGCUUGAGGAACAUUUUGGGUCGCAUUCCUGACGACGGGACUCCCAAUGCUCUCAUACGCGGAGCUCUGCAUGUCCCAAUUGCCUUUUCCUUGACAUCAGAUUGGGCAAGUAUGGCCAUUAACAACCGGAAUACCACCCUCAGCCGAAUCAAAGCCAAUAAAUACGACGAGAAUACAUCUACAACAUCUAAAUCGGUUCAAUACGGGAUAGAGGGAAGUCGUGUAUACCAUGACUGUACCAUUCCCCUCAUGUUUGUGAGCGUGGACUUGUCUGUCGACAUUUCGCUCUGCCACGGUAGCGAUGGUAAAGAGGACGAAGAUCAGGCGGGAAUGGCAACGGCGACCUUCGCAUCCGAAGAAUAUGUGAGUGCAGGGAUAAGCGAUAACGUGAGGAAUGACGACGAUUAUAAUGAUUGUCCCCUCGAAUCGUCUUGA